CAAAGAAGAAGAAGAAGAAGCAGAAGCAGGAAGUAGAUCAGCCAGAGAGCCAGAGGGGGCUUGAGUUGACCCACUGUCGGUUCCCUGUGUUGUCGUGUCGCAGAUCUUUUCCACGUGUUGUGCAGCUACAAUGUCUUCAGCUGAAGUGUUGAGAGAGUUUGUCAAAGAGCGCCUCUCUGCUGCUGCUGAAGACAUCUUUGUAGUUUUUCAGAGAGCUGUAGUCCAGUACGAGGAGGAGAUCCACCGUCAGCGCAGACUGCUGGAGGUGGUCUGGAAACCUCACAUAAACUUACACAGACUGGAGCUCCCACAGCAAUACGCCUGUAAGAAAGAGGAGGCUCUCACUGACCAGCAGCUCUGUAACCAGGAGAGGAGCACCAGUCCAGACCAAGAGGAUCCCGAGCCUCCGCAGAUUAAAGAGGAACCGAAGGAACUCUCCACCAGUGAGGACUGGGAGCAGCUUGAACCAGAGCAGGACACUGAAAACUUGAAGUCAGCCCUAACUUGUGAGGAAAGGGAGAACACAGAGGCUGAAGUUAAAAAUGAACACGAGCUCCCUCCUCACUACUCUCAUGUUGCUGAUAACAGAGAGCAACAGAUAGGUACAGACAGAGACUCAGGAUCUACUAGAACAUCUAAACGAAAGAAAAGGGUUCACAAAAUCAGUCAGAACACAAAAGAGUCAGAGAUUCAGGUCUUCUGCAAAACAUGUGGAAAAGGCUACAAAUCGCAUGACUCACUGGCUCAUCAUGUGAAAACCCACUCAGAGGAGAGGCCGCACUCCUGUAGCUUCUGUGGGAAAAGAUUUCAUCACACUUCAGUCUUAGGGCAGCACAUUAAAAUACACACAGGGGAGAAGCCUCACUCCUGCAGCCUCUGUGGAAAAGCAUUUGCACGAGGUUCAGAGUUAAAUAGACACCUCCGAAUUCACACAGGUGAAAAGCCGUUUACCUGUAACACAUGCAGCAGAUCUUUCAGUGUUAAAAAAGUCUUGACUGCCCACAUGAGAACACACACAGGUGAGAGGCCAUAUACAUGUAGCAUAUGUGGGAAGGGCCUGAAAUCUAACGUCUCACUGAAGUUCCACAUGAGGAUACACACAGGAGAGAAGCCUUUCUCUUGUAGCACCUGUGGAAAAAGAUUCUGUCAGAAAUCAAGGCUAAAACUUCACAGUAAAACUCACACAGAAGAAAAGCCGUUCACUUGCCAAACCUGCGGCAAAUCCUUCAAACUUCAAGGUACCUUGAAAUGCCACAUGAAAAUACACACAGGGGAGAAGCCUCACUCCUGCAGCUUCUGUGGAAAAACAUUUACACGAGGUUCAGGAUUAAAUGUACACCUCCGAAUUCACGCAGGUGAAAAGCCGUUAACAAAAUCUGUGGCAAAGCUUUCAAAUCUAGCAGUGAACUGAGUCAAAACAUGAGAGCAGCCGGCACAGGCAAGACGCCACACUCCUGCAGGACCAUGGUGAACAGAUCCCUGGAGAAGAGCGGCUCAAGUGACAGCCUAGAGUCAAACAAAUAGAAAGCCGUACUCCUGUGGCAGCUGUGGAAAAUCCUUCUCUUCAAAGACUUCUUUGAUUCACCACAUUCAGAGCCAUGCAGGUUAAAAGUCUCGUUGUAAUAAUCCAUGCAGCAGGUUUCCAAGGUUUAAUGGACGGUUCACAUGAGAAGAGUCCACUCAGGUGAGAGGCUUCACUUUUACAGGACCUGAGUUUGUUAGUCAUGACGUCACAUGCAGGCAGGUAGCCGUGUAGAUAUGUUGGAGCUGCAUCUCUGUGAUUAAACAAGUCUUAUACUGAGAGAGGCUCACAGUGUUUUUGGUGUCCUGAUGGGAUUUAAUAUAAAUGUUAUCAAGAUGUUU